AUGGCUCAGCCAUUUCCGUACACAUACUAUGCCUGCGACUGCUACGACGGCAACAAUACGAGUUCCACCAAGCGCGCCUCGCAGCUCCUGCAAGAAGCCGAAGAGGAGGAGCGCACCUUUGAUCCCCGCAGCCCGCGCGCAAACUACUCGCUGUACCCUCUCGAGCACCUGUUAUACUGCGAAGACUGCCAGCAGGUCCGCUGCCCCCGCUGCAUCAUCGAGGAGACGCUGAAUUGGUACUGCCCGAGCUGCCUCUUCGAGGUGCCCAGCUCCGUUGUCAAGAGCGAUGGGAACAGAUGCACUAGAAGUUGCUUUAGCUGUCCGCUAUGUACUUCCAAUUUGCAGACAUACUCGCUCGAUCAGACGGGUGAAAGUGCUCCGCCAUUCAUAUUGGAGUGUCAGUACUGCCGCUGGAGCUCCCUUGAAAUCGGCAUUGAAUUUGAAAAGGGUCAGGGAAUCGCAGCCCAGUUGGCGAGACUAGGAAAUGGAGGGAAACAUAUACCCACAAACAAGGAGCGGGACAAGGAGCGAGAGCGUAGGAGAGAAGUCGAGAUGAGGAAGAGUAGGGACUUGCUGUCGCCGUCGACCGAAUCCACAAACACCGAUACAGAACGGGAUGAUAGACCGCCUAGCCAUGACGACUUGUUUUCCAAUCUCACCGCCUUCUACAAAUCUCAGGUCGACACUCAGACGCCGUCGAACCCUUUCUCCUCCCACGACAUCAACUUCUCAUCUCCGUCGGCGUACUCUCGAAUCAUGAACUUGUACUCCACGACUGGCUCUAAGAAGAACAAGCGUAGUAAGCCCAGCGCGAUGCGCGAAGCUGCUUCCUCACUCGAAGGCCUCACGAUCCACGACCCUAUCAGUGACGCUGCCGCAAUCGAGCGCAUCAAGAGGGAAGGCUGGGGUGUCACGCUCUCGCCUGCCCAGAAACACGCCCAAAUCAACCCAAACGUUCGUUUCACGGACGAGAUCCGCCCUCUCGCAACUCUUCUGUGCACGAAACGCUCUAAACGUUGUCGAUCGUGUCGUCAGAUCCUCACUAAGCCCGAGUCGAAGAUAACAUCGACCCGCUAUAAGAUUAAGCUUCUUGCACUGAACCACAUACCCCGCCUCAGUAUCCGCGCCCUUAAUGCCAGCCCACCCACUCCUGUUGCUAGUCGCACUGCUGAGACAUUCGAUUACAACGCACUUAAGCCUGGCAUCCCGGCGCACUUCUUACUGCACCUCAGCAACCCGCUCUUCGACUCAAUCAAAGUAACCUUAGCGACGCCUAGUACCACGCCGGGCAAGGUUCAUUCACGUGUCACCAUACUCUGCCCGCAAUUCGAUGUUGGCGCUAACACCGACAUUUGGGACGAUGCUCUGUCCUCGUCCCUUUCGCCCAUAAAGCGCGGCUCUGUUUCGGAAGGACCGGCGCAGAUCGAAGCAGGUAAAAUCUGGGAUCGCGGCCGCAAUUGGACGAGCGUGGCCGUCGAGAUCGUGCCCGGUUUUACGAAUUCUCAAGGCUCCGGCUCGGAAGAACAAGAGCUCGAGGAGGAUGAAGAUGUAUUAGAGAUUCCGAUUUUCGUGAGGAUUGAGUAUGAGACAGAUGCUGGAGCGGAUGACCGAGGGUUAGGUGAUUCCAGAGGCAGUAAGGGUGAGAAGGAGAGGAGAGAAGAGGCGUUCUGGACGGUGGUGGGAGUCGGCAGGAUCAAAGGAGCCUGA